AUUCAUCUAAUAACAAGUAGUCAUGGUCAAAUUGAGAUUAUAAAGUUGAUAAAUCGUAGCAAGCGACGACUAGUCUUACUUGCAGACUGAUUAAUAUUGUUUAAAGUGUAAAUUCAUAAUAAAUUUUUUGAAACUUGUGAAUGUGAAUUUGAGCGAAGAAUAUGCCAAAGCUUACUUUGCUUUUGUUUCUUAUAACUACAACAAUAAACAACAUUGUAUUAGCAGAACCAGUUCAUGAUGCAAGAGUAAUUAUUGUUGGGUCAGGAGCAGCAGGUAUAGCCGCUGCGUCAAAAUUACUUCAAAAUGGCUUUACUGAUGUCAAAAUUAUUGAAGCUGAGAACCGAAUUGGUGGUCGGCUUUGGGCAGUUAAAAUCGGUGAUUAUAUGAUGGAUAUGGGAGGCCAAUGGGUACACGGUGAAGAAGAUAACGUUUCUUUCGAACUAGCCUGGCCUUUAGGACUCCUUGAACACUUUAAUUACAGCCAUGUUUUUACCACAAGAUUCUUCAAUUCUUCUGGUGAACAAUUGCUUCCAGAAGUACUCAGCAAUAUAACUUAUUUUUAUUUUAAUCUAACGGAAAAUUCUGAUGUUAAUGAUAUUGCAAAAGCUGAAUCUUAUGGAGAUUUCAUAAUAGAAAAAAUGGAAGAAUACUUCAAAAGAUUGCCAGAGGUUACAGAUGACAUGAAGAAUUCGAUUUUGUAUCUUUUUAACUUGGUACAAGGAUCUUCUGAUGGCUCUGAUGAUUGGAGGAAACUUUCACCUAAGAUGCCAAGAGAUUACCCAGUUUGUAAAGGCGAUUUGUCGAUUAAUUGGAAAGAGCGCACUUAUACUACAAUAUUGGAUAUACUGAUGAAGAAAUAUCCGAAUCCGACAGAAGAACUAGCAGUUUUGAAUAAUACGAUUUUAAAUUCAAAAGUUGUUAAAAUAAAUUAUGAUUCAUCAGAUGCACCAGUUGAAAUAACUACUGAAGAGGGUAAAAAAUAUUUAGCUGAUCAUAUUAUUGUAACGCCGUCUUUAGGAGUUUUAAAAGCUGAUUAUGAAAAAUUGUUCAAUCCGCCUUUACCAGAUAAAAAAAUUAAUGCUAUUCAAAAUCUCGAAAUGGGACAUGUAGCAAAAAUUUAUCUGUACUACGAAGAUCCAUGGUGGCAUGAUGAAAUUUUUGUAAAAUUUAUACUUUGGAAUGAUGAAAAAAGGAAACAAAUGGAGGCUGAUCCGGCGAAAAGAUGGUUGUUAGGAUAUUACACGGCAGUGGAAGUUGAGCAUAAACCAAAAGUUUUAUGUCUGUGGAUGACAGGCCCAUAUGUAACAGAAAUGGAACAAGUACCAGAAGAAGAAUUCAAUAACAAAACACUGCAUUUUGUUAAUCAAUUUUUCGGAAAGUCGUACAAUUUAACGCAGCCUUCUAUUAUAAAGAGAAAAUUUCUUAGAACAAUGUGGAACACAAAUGACAACUUCCGUGGAACGUAUAGUUAUCGGAGUAUAACUUCAGAUUCGAAAAACGCACAAAAUAAAGAUCUAGCUGAGCCGAUAAUGAAAAAUGAUAGACCGGUGGUUUUAUUCGCUGGAGAAGCUACAGAUGAACAUUUUUCAACUGUACAUGGAGCUAUUCAUUCAGGGUGGAGAGAAGCUGAUCGAUUAAUUAAAUUAUAUUAAAUUUAAUAGAAUUAUACUUUUUGAUAUUAAUAAAAAAUUUAUGUAGCUCAAUAAAAAAUGCUCUUGAAUAAUAUAAAAAAUAUAUAAAUUUAUUUUUUUUUAAUAUUUUUUAUAUGAAUAAAAAACGGGGGACCAGAGCUCCUCCAAAACGUUG